UUGACAUCAUGACAUCACGUGCAGACUGCAGGUUUUGCUGUUAUAAUCACUGAAGAUACGGUUGGCCUCUGAAUUUCCUCAGAUCUGUUGAGAAAUGGCUAUCACAGACCUUUUGGCUGCCUCUGAUAUUUCAACUGCCAUUAAUGCAUGCAAAGCAAAGGAUACUUUCAGCCCAAAGACAUUUUUUGCAACGAUAGGCUUGUCAAAGAAGUCUCCUCCUGAGAUAGAGAAGGUCUUUAAAAUGUUGGACCAGGACAAGAGUGGGUUUAUUGAACAGGAUGAGCUACAGUUGUUUCUGCAGAACUUCUCUAAAGGGGCUCGUGCUCUUACAGCAGCUGAAACCAAGGCCUUCCUCAUGGCUGGAGACAUGGAUGGGGAUGGGAAAAUCGGCUGGGAAGAAUUUUCAGCCCUUGUUAACGCUUCCUGAGACCAGCUGUGACUGUCAAACAUGGCAAAGAAAAAAAGCUGAGCUUUGCCACUGGGAUCUUGUCAGUAGUUUUCAACUGAAGCUGAAUUCUGCAGGAUUGUGCUCUGUCUUGUAUGUUUUACUGUAAUAUUAUAUGAACUUAAAGUAACACAAAA